UAUUAAAAAUAAAUAGCAGAAUCAGCACAAAAUAAAGGUGAAGCACAAAGCCGAAAAUGGAUUGGAAAGAGCAACCGGCCGUUAAUGAUAUCGAGCAAUUUCUACGCGAUGUACGCGAGCAUUUUAGAGCCUCACUGGAGACCUCCGAAUAUGAGAACACGUCAAAUAUGUUUCAUGCCACUGAGGCGGAGUCAACGCUAAAUCUUUUGUUACGCUGCGAGCUACUCUUGGCGAACUAUUCAAAGGAAGAUGCAAGUAAAACAACAACACCGCUUAAUAACAGUCAAUUUAUUGUCAACGGAAAAGUGAAGUCAAACGAAGUCAAUGAAGGCAUCAAUGGCGGUAAUGGCGGUAAUGGGGUCAACGGCCUGCCAAUGCAAACGAGGACAAGUGAUGUGGGCACUCAAUGCAAUAAUGCAACAAAGAACGUCUCUAAACAGACACAACAGCAGCAUGAAGACGCCUCUUAUUUGGACAUGAGCGGGGGCGGCAAAACUUGUGGCAAAAAAUCGUCCAGUUGGUAUGGUGACUGGAAUAAUGAGACGAAAAGCGAUAAAACUUUCCGGUGCUCGGCACGACUUAGCAACAAAACCAACAGUCUAGCGUACAGUGAUGAUGAUUUCGAUGACGACGAAGAUAAUGAUGACGACAGCGAGGGCGAUGAGAAUGACAAUGGCUCCCAAAAUUACGAUAUUUGCCAAGUAUCAAGCCACGAUAGAGAUGAGACACAGAAGGCCAUAACACCUGAACUCGAGCCGAUGCAAGCGGUGGAUUGUCCCUAUAUGGAUUUACCGGCUGGUCACCUCUCCAUCGAGCAUGCCACCAAAUAUGGACAGCUGCAACGUGUCGAAAAACGUUUAUUCUUCGAUCAGUGUAAAAAGUAUUACUGUGGUGUGCUCAACGAUUGGCUGCUGUGCUAUGCCGAUGGGCCUACUGCAGCACAUCCAACGAUUACAUUGUAUUUAAAGCACAGUGGCAUCGAAAUCGAGCACUACGGCGAGGGCAAGCGACGUGAGGUAUGCUUCCAGAUCACCACUGCCGAUCCCAAUAAGAAAUUCCUUUUCCAAGCCAAUAGCGAAGUAGAUGCCAAAGAAUGGAUCAUCGCAGUAGAAGCGGCUAUACGUGGUGACACAUCACCCGCUAGCAACAUGAAGAGCAGCGCUAGAAAACUACCAACACCGCCCAUUGUCAAGAAGAUGACAUUCAUGGGUCACAUGAAUCACGCGCCAAUUCAUGACAGCAUAUACGAAGAACCUUCACCGCUCUUUCAAACCGACAAACCACACAACAGACCAGCUAAUUUGCCAAUGAAGAAGGAAGCAUUCUCUGCGCUCGAUAUGGCCAACUGCUUUGAAUACGACGUGCCGAAGUGUCCACCCCAGCCCAUCAAAACGGUCAGCAUUAAUCACACCGAAGCGGAAACCGCAGAGCUAUUAAAUUUAAGUGAGCACAGCGCACUUAGCGCCGAGAAAAUCGAGUUCCAAUCCAUUGUGAAGGAUGUACACAGCAAGUUGUCUAGUCAGCUGUCGGCCUGCCCAACGCCGGAACGCUUAAAAAAGGCCGCUAAAAAGACUUACUCCGGCAGCAGCGCUAGCGAUGUAGAAGCUGUGGCGCUAACACCCACCUCUCCGGCUACGUUUAAGGAGCACAAGAAGCAACGUAAAUCGACCACGCCAAAUGGCAGUCCACAGAAGAGCAGCAAUGGUGGCAUUAACAAUCAAAGCAACGCGAACCCCAACACCAACAACAAUAAUGCGUGUGGCAACGAGCGUACAGCGGUUAAAAGUUGGUUUUUUAAUCGGCUGAAUAAGACAACCUCGUCGGGUCGCAGUACCAGCUCAUCGAACUCCAAUUCAUCGUCGCCAGCCAAAUGCAAACAAAGUGAAAAGGAAAAUCUACUUCAGAGCCUCGAAUUGAAUGACAUGAUCGAUGGUAGUGGCGGCAGUGACUCUCUAAACAACACUGGCAGCAAUCCCGCUUCACCAAUACUAAAGAAUCCAUCGUCGGGCGUUAGUGCGGGCGUCGACAGCACCAUGAAGAGUAAGGUCGAUCUGAUAAUCAAAGAGUUCGAGACAAGUGCGCACAUGGGCAUACUCACCAUGGAAACAUUGGCGGGCAGUGCGGUGGCUUCGCUCAGUUCCUUCUGCGACAAUGACUGCAAUAAUUAUGAGCCUAUUAUGACUGUCACAACACCGCCCAACAGUUUUUUGAAGAAAAUUUAAUUGGCGGCAGGCGGCCACAGUAAGUUGGUGUGAACAAUGUAAGAACAAGGCUGGAUGGUGCAUGGCGUGAUAGGCACUCGAAUGAUUUCUAUUAUUAAUUUUCUAACUCGAUAAUAUUUGGUUAGAGUAGCGCACUUGUAAAAUCCCAGUCAAGCGCGUGAACAAUAAGAGUAUUCAUUAUUUUUAUUAAAGAACUGUUCUUUGGAAUAAACUAUUUUUGUUAGU